CCUCGUGAGCCUUUAUUCCGGAUUUUACGGGAAGUCCGAAAUGGAGACCGCCGCCGAAAUCGUUCAGUCCCUAUCGCCAUUCCCCCCCCUCAACGGCAAAUCCGCCGGGCUGUUUGAGAGGUUCCAGGGCGAACGCCGCUUCACCUUCCGCCUCGCCGACCGUUGCCGUCGAUACAUCAGCGACAACGAGAAGCGGAGAGAUAUCUUGGAAGCAGCAAGGAACGGCGAUAUCCUUGCCCUGAGAACGUACACCGAGGAUCUCAUGUGGGAUAUUGCCGCCGUUCUUCUUCCAGCGCAUAUCACAGCGGUCGUCGCCCUGCAGGUUCCAACAGAAGGAAGCUUAGACGCGGUUGACUAUCUCUUGAGUAAGGGCGUUCCGACCGAGGCGGCGGAUGAUUGGGGGAGAACGGCACUGGAUUGGGCGGCGAGCUGCGGAGGGUUGGAGGUGGCCCUGGUGCUGGUUGAACAUGGCGCAGUUGUAACUAGCCGUGCAUUACGGGCUGCCGAGAUCAAGGGGUUUCAAGUGGUCGCCGAUUGGUUGAGGGAGUACGUGAAAAGGACUGAGGAAGUAAAAAAUGGCUGUGAGUGCGUGGAUGUUGCCGGGAUCAUGGCCAUGGAUCGGGAGAACGAUGGGAGCUGA